UAUUUCGCCUUGGGGCCCUUUUUUUUUAUCAUUGAUAAUCUCAAUAUUGAAACAGCAAGGUCAUCCGAUCCCGUUCUCAGGAUUUAUUGCCUUAAUUUGGAAUCUCUGAACCUCACAAAUCAACAUCUCCAGCAAAAUCUUUAUCAGAAACCAACAUCGAAACCCAAGAGUUCGUCAAAAUUUGAUUAUCCAGAAGUAAUUGCCAUUAUUCUAGGUUCAAAUCCUAGUAAUAAUAAACUCAUCGCUUCUGAUGAUUUCAACGGUAUUCUUCUCGCCGAAAUUAUCAGCGCUGAAAUGAAAAUUCAAAGAUAAAUGGUUCGCUUGUGUAUUCUAUAGGUGAAACUGAUCAGUUAAGUUCAUACUUCUUCUUCAUUUUAGGUCAUUUUUUCCCAAAUUGUUGGAUUAUUACCCACAACACUAGUAUUUGAUUAGAAAAUUUCAAAGUUAAUCAUAUUUUCUUUUCCUGCAAUUGAUUUGGUAAAAAUAAAUAAAUCUGGUGUUCCUGUAAUUGAAAAGUUCUAAAUAGAGGAUUCAUUCUAGAAUAUAUAUCCUUCUUAGUCUAGGAAAAGCAUUGGGAAUAGGAAUACCAAUUUGAACAAGAAAGGAUAAGGAAGAUUAUUAUAUAUACAAAGUUAAAAAGUUUUAAGUGUCAGCAGAUUCAUCCACUACUCUUUUCCGGUUCUCUUCUCUUUUCUUUAAGUUCUAGGAUUAAGCAGCACAAUUCCGAGGAGCAACACAACCUUAACCAAGCCGGGCAGAGAUGGAAACCCCUAAGGAGAUUUUCUUGAAGGAUUACAAGAAGCCUGAUUACUACUUCCAUACGGUUGAUCUGACGUUUUCUUUGGGUGAGGAGCACACAAUUGUUUCUUCAAGCAUAACUGUUUACCAAAGAAUUGAAGGAAACUCUUCUGCACCUCCUUCACUGGUGUUAGAUGGGGUGGAUCUUAAGCUGGUAUCAAUCAAAGUUGAUGGCAAGCAACUGCAGAAAGAAGAUUAUCACUUGGAUGCACGCCAUCUGACAAUCUCAUCACCACCAAGUACAGCAAGAUUCAGUUUAGAGAUUGUUACAGAGAUACAACCUCAGAAGAACACAUCUCUCGAGGGACUCUACAAAUCUUCUGGAAAUUUUGUUACACAUUGCGAAGCUGAGGGUUUUCGGAAGAUAACAUAUUACCAGGAUCGCCCUGACAUCAUGGCUAAGUACACUUGCAGGGUCGAAGGCGAUAAGGCGCUAUAUCCAGUACUGCUGUCGAAUGGAAAUCUAGUAGAGGAAGGAAAUCUGGAGGGUGGUAAACAUUAUGCAGUUUGGGAGGAUCCUCACAAGAAACCAUGCUACUUGUUUGCAUUGGUUGCUGGACAGUUGCAGAGCAGGGAUGACUCUUUCGUCACCCGGUCGGGGAGGAAUGUGUCGCUUAAGAUUUGGACAACUGCACAGGAUUUACCAAAAACUGCUCAUGCCAUGAAUUCUCUCAAGGCAGCUAUGAAGUGGGAUGAGGAUGUUUUUGGUCUUGAGUAUGACUUGGAUCUUUUCAACAUCGUGGUGGUUGCAGAUUUUAACAUGGGAGCCAUGGAGAACAAGAGUUUGAAUAUUUUCAAUUCAGUGCUUGUUUUGGCGUCACCUGAGACUGCUUCAGAUGCAGAAUAUGCUAGAAUUCAAGGGGUUAUCGCUCACGAGUAUUUCCAUAACUGGACUGGAAACAGGGUAACAUGUCGUGACUGGUUCCAGCUGACUUUGAAGGAAGGUCUUACCGUCUUUCGGGAUCAAGAAUUUUCUUCUGACAUGGGAAGCCGUUCAGUUAAGAGGAUAGAAGAUGUUUCGUUUCUCCGUAACAAUCAGUUUCCAGAGGAUGCUGGUCCUAUGGCUCAUCCAGUACGACCACAUUCCUAUAUUAAGAUGGACAAUUUCUACACCUCUACGGUUUAUAGAAAGGGAGCUCAAGUUGUCAGGAUGUACAAAACUUUGUUAGGAAGUGAAGGUUUCAGAAGAGGGAUGGAUCUUUAUUUUAAGAGGCAUGAUGGUCAAGCUGUAACGUGUGAAGACUUUUAUGCUGCAAUGCGAGAUGCAAAUGAUGCAGACUUCGCAAAUUUAUUGCAUUGGUACUCUCAGGCAGGGACACCAACUAUGAAUGUUACAUCAUUCUACAACUCUGAAGCCAAGACGUACUCUUUGAAGUUUAGUCAACAGGUGCCUCCUACUCCAGGCCAGGCAGUAAAAGAACCAAUGCUCAUACCUGUGGCGGUUGGUCUGCUUGACUCAAACGGGAAGGAUAUGCCUCUCACAUCCGUGUAUCGUGAUGGUAUGCUUCAGGUGGUUUCUACAGAUGGCCAACCAGCCUAUACUACAGUUCUUAAGAUAACUAAGAAGGAAGAAGAAUUUGAUUUCUCUGAAAUAUCUGAACGCCCAGUUCCAUCUCUCUUGCGAGGAUACAGCGCUCCUGUUCGCCUCACCUCCGAUCUUACUGAUACCGAUCUCUUUUUUCUACUUGCUUAUGAUUCAGAUGAGUUUAAUCGUUGGGAGGCAGGGCAAGUAUUGUCUAGAAAGUUGAUGCUUAGCUUGGCUGCUGAUUUCCAGCAAAACAAACCACUAGCUCUGAACGCAGACUUUGUGCAUGGGUUCAGAAGCAUGCUUACUGACGGUAGCUUGGAUAAAGAAUUCAUUGCUAAGGCAAUUAAUCUGCCUGGGGUAGGGGAGAUCACGGAAAUGAUGGAUAUUGCUGAUCCUGAUGCUGUUCAUGCUGUCCGAUCUUUCAUUAUGAAGCAUCUUGCUUCUGAACUCAAAGCAGAAUUUUUGAAAACGGUUGAAAACAACAGAAGCUCUGAUCCAUACAUCUUCAACCACUCCAAUGUAUCACGACGCGCUUUAAAGAACACUGCUCUUUCCUAUUUGGCUACUCUUGAGGAUUCCCAGAUCACAGAACUUGCUCUGAAUGAGUACAAGACCGCAACGAACAUGACGGACCAGUUUGCAGCUCUAACAGCCUUGGUCCAACACCCUAGCAAAACCCGUGAUGAUGUUCUAGCUGAUUUCUACGGCAAGUGGGAACAUGACUAUUUGGUUGUAAAUAAAUGGUUUGGUCUUCAAGCCAUUUCAGAUAUUCCUGGAAAUGUCGAGAAUGUGCGCAAGCUGCUAAAGCAUCCUGCCUUUGACUUGCGCAAUCCAAACAAGGUGCGCUCACUCGUUGGAGGAUUCUGCGGGUCACCAGUUAAUUUUCAUGCAAAGGAUGGAUCAGGCUACAAAUUCUUGGGGGAGAUUGUACUUCAACUUGACAAACUAAACCCCCAGGGUGCCUCGCGUAUGGUGUCUGCCUUGUCGAGGUGGAGGCGUUAUGAUGAGACUAGACAGGCGCAUGCUAAGGCACAACUGGAGAUGAUACUGUCAACCAAUGGACUUUCUGAGAAUGUGUUUGAAAUAGCCUCAAAAAGCUUAGCUGCUUAGUUAUAUGUUCGGGUUCACUCUUAUCCGCAGAUCCAUCCGGGGUAAUUAGGUCUGUUUUCUAAGUUUAUUUCUUAUGCAGAUUUUAGUUUAGUAAAAUAGACAUUCAGAAAUAUGAUAGUAGUAAAAUUGCAGUUCCAAGUUUUUUUGUUUAAAAUUCUUUCUGUUUACUUAUUAUUUAUGUGCAAUGGAUGCUGUUUCUCUGUUGAA